UUGUUAUGGCGGAGGGAGGGGCCAGAGUUCCUCAACUGAGAGCCGAGCGCAGGCUGCUGCAUGGCGCUGGAAUGCGUUGUAGGUGCGAAGAAGCCUGCGAUGUAACUCUCUACAUACACUGCACGCACUUGAGAAAAUCAAAUCAGAGCAGUGCUUUAUACUCUUUGUACAUAGGUGCAAAGUUCGGGGCCGAAACAGUUUGUUGGUCAAACUUUGAACUCUGUGGAUAUUGAUAUUGCUGCUGCAGCAUUUGCUUCCUUCAGAAAUUAGAAUCAAAUGUCUUCGAAUGUCCGUUAAGGUUUCGGAAGGCAAAGACAAUCCAUCCCAACAGGCCAGAACACUGAGACAUUUUACAGGGUAGAGCAGAGCACUGUGUGAUCAUGGUGAUCAUGCCUGAAGGCAGUCAGUCGCACUGCAGGCCUCUCCAGGUUGGCUUCUAUGAAAUCAUAAGGACUCUGGGCAAAGGAAACUUCGCCGUGGUGAAGCUGGCCAGGCAUAAAGUCACCAAGACACUGGUCGCCAUCAAAAUUAUUGAUAAAAAGAGACUCAAUCCGUCAAACCUGGAGAAGAUCUACAGAGAAGUGCAGAUCAUGAAGCUUCUCAACCACCCCCACAUAAUUAAGCUGUACCAGGUAAUGGAAACAAAAGACAUGUUGUACAUUGUUACAGAAUAUGCAAAAAAUGGAGAGAUGUUUGACUAUCUGACUUCUAAUGGCCGAAUGAGUGAAGAAGAGGCAAGGCUAAAAUUCUGGCAGAUCUUGACAGCGGUGGAGUACUGCCACGAGCACCACAUUGUCCACAGGGACUUGAAGACUGAGAACCUUCUUCUGGAUGCCAACAUGAACAUCAAACUGGCAGACUUCGGUUUUGGAAACUUCUACAGUCCUGGGGAACCCCUCUCAACUUGGUGUGGGAGUCCCCCCUAUGCAGCGCCGGAAGUCUUUGAGGGGAAGGAGUAUGAGGGACCUCAGCUGGACAUCUGGAGUCUAGGGGUGGUACUGUACGUGCUCGUGUGUGGGUCCCUCCCUUUUGAUGGUGCCAGCCUUCCUGCACUGAGACAGAGAGUCACAGAGGGUCGAUUCCGAAUUCCGUUCUUCAUGUCACAAGACUGUGAGAACUUGAUCCGGAAGAUGCUGGUGGUAGACCCGGCAAAACGGAUCACCAUUUCUCAGAUUAAACUGCACCGCUGGAUGUUGGCUGAUCCGGCAGCCUCCUGUCAUGUCCUUCCAUACAACUCCAACCUGAGUGACUGCAGCGAGUCGGUGCUGGGAAUAAUGCAGACUCUGGGCAUCGACAGGCAGAGGACCAUUGAGUCUCUUCAGAACAGUAGCUACAACCACUUCUCCGCCAUCUAUUACCUGCUGCAAGAGAGGGUGAAGGACCAUCGCAGCCACCAGCUGGGCCGGCAGAGUGGGAACUGGCUGCGGAGUGCCUCCGACUCCUCCGCCGCAGAGGGAGUUGUGGAACCUUCUGAGAGCUUUAGGACAGUCUUUCCGUUCCCAGCUAAGGAAAACCUUCCCAUCCACUCGGAGAUGGAGUGUGGCACCAGCGGCUUGUUCCAGCGAGUGGUUUUCCCCGGAGAGGCCAGCCUCAAUGGGCUGCUACGCACGCGCUCCAUCUCACCCAGCAGCCUCCUGGACACCACUAUCAGCGAAGAGGUGUGUCCUCGGGAGUUGGAAGAGGACGAGGGGCUUCAAUCAACCUCCCCUGCCCACGUACUCAGCACCACCUCCCGCAGACAUACCCUGGCCGAGGUUUCAGCGCGCUUCCACCAGUGCACACCUCCCUGUAUCGUGGUGUCCUCUGUCAGCCCCUCGGAUGGCGCUUCCUCGGACAGCUGCUUGAAGUCCUCAUCCUGCUCCAGCAGCAGUGCAACUUUGUCCUCUGUCUUGACCUCUGCUGGAGGUCUAGGCUCCCCUGCCACCACAGGGAUGCCUUUCACACAGUCCUCCAACCUGCUGCCUCAGGCUCAGGGCAGCCUCCCUGGAGCCAACUUUCAGGAGGGCCGCCGGGCCUCAGACACCUCGCUCACACAGGGUCUAAGAGCAUUCCGCCAGCAUCUGAGGAAGUCUACUCGUGCCAAUGGUCUUUUGGGACUCAACAAGAUCAAGGGUCUGGGCAGACAGGCAUGUGCCCCCGGUUCCACUGGUGCCCGAGAGCACCGUAGUCUACUGGAGGAGGUGCUGCUUCAGCAAAGAAUGCUGCAGAUGCAGCACCAGCAGAAACAGCCCAUGUCUUCACAUCAACCAAAGUCGACCCCAUCAUCUGGCCUCUUCUGCCCGACCGUUGUCUUUGUUGACCCCCCCACCACACCCCCGCAUUUGACUGAGCCCCAGCAGGUACUUCCUCACUGCCCUGCUCCUCUUAACAUGCAGACCGCCCUCUGGCAGCAGUCUGUAGAGUCUUCCUCGACAUCUUUGUCCCCGGUGGCUUCUGCCGCCCAUCUUCUGGAGGCUCAACUGCAUAUUAGUCAUCGCCCCCAGGGCCAGGCACGACCUCAGCUCCCAGCACAUUUCUCCUUCCUGCCCCACCAGGUAGGCUGGAAUGUGGCCAUAGCACCCAGCCGAGACUCGGAGCUGCAAAGGCUUGGAAAUGUGAGACAGCAGCAGCUCAGCAGCUGUUUGAUGGUCAAGUAAAGAGACACAUUUUGGAAUACUGCUCUAGGAAGUGGAGUACUGGCAAACGCAUUCAUACAACACUGAAAUGGAAGAAGAGUAAAGUGAAGGCUAUUCACCUGGAGGAAGACUGAGCAGACCACAGCUCUGGACAGUAGGAUUGUUCUGAAAGGAACCGGAGACUGAUUCUUCCAGUGCCAGUGUUUGAGAAAGAAAUAAGGAAAGAAAAAACAGACUACAAGUGAUAAGUUGUUUUUCACAUAUUCAUAUAUAUUAUGUCUUUGUUAAUGCGAUUCUAGCAAUAAUGAAACUUCUGUGAAGGCCCUCACCCCGACCCUCAGAAAGCAAUACUGGACUGGGAUGUGGGGCUCAGAAGGUUACCAUGCAAUAGGUACGUGUCAGUCACUGGUCUCACUAUAAACACUGACCAGUCUGCUUACUGUACAUUAGAAAUAAUACUGAUGGCACAGACGAUCGGUUUGUUUGCUGGCUUAUGAAGUUGAGGAAUGCAGGAGGAUUCUGCACCCCUGAGAACAACCUAGAUUAAUUUAGCUCACAUUUGUUGCAAAUAACCAAAGCUUCCUUGCUUGUAAGUUGGUCUUUGUUAGCGAUACAGAAUGUCUAAAAUAUGCAGUACCAAGCUUUUCCGAAACCUUGUAAAUUAGUCCUUUGACUCCUCUUUGGAAACUGUACAGACAACAGCUAAGCUUGGGUAACACAAAGUAAAACCACAGAGGCCUUAGAAAUGCUGCAUAAUUAGUGAGAACAAAUAUGCUUUCUUUUUGUCUGGAACAGAACUAAUUGCAGACGCCAGAAUUGUUGCCCGGCUCUAUGCGGUAUAUUUGGUUCAGUGACAUCCACAUGCUUUGUCCUGGUGUUCUGUGUGUAGCAACAGGAAAGGACCUGCAGCUUAUCCGAACAUCUACGGGACUAAAGACGCAACAGAUCCCAUAUUUUUCUGCUUUGACCACUACCCCGCUUUUGUUUUUCCAGCAUAUCUACCUCCUCGUACAUUGCAUGAUCUCCCAGUGGUCUUGCAAUUGCUGCAGUUCACCCUUUUAGUGUGGCCUGUUGCAGUUCAGCUUAAUUUUUUUUGAGUGUUUUUAAAAAUCGCUCCUGUUUUAGCCACUGUUUGCAACAAAGCUUUUUUUAAUGUAGCACACUGACGUAGCAUAUGUGCAAUAUUUCAAAAUGAAGUGCAGACACCAAGAAAAUAGAAGGAUAGGAAGCAAAGUUACUGCGCUUGUUACGUUUGUCUUUCAGAUUUUUGUUUUUGUGUCUAUAGGAGUAACGGAAGAAAAACAUUUGUUUGAAUGAUCAAAAAUAAUAAUAAAAACACAUUUAGGAAGAGUCAUUGGUUGCAGACGUAAGUAGGAUGAAGGUCAUUUUGUGUUGCCUUUCAUAUAGAUGGCUUUAUAAUAAUACAACAGCGUUAGACUAAGCCAAAGAUGGGUCUACGUGUCCAUAAAUGCUGCUUUCUAUUACACAGACUAUAGAGAACUACUCGAAAUCCUGCGAAACAGUGGGGUUGGUCUGUAAAACAUACAUCCAGUGUUAGAUAUUCAGGGUGACAGCCCAUAUCAAUUCGAUAGAUUACAGUUGUUACUGAUCUAUUGGUUUGUACUUUCUACCCCCCCCCCCCCUUUU